AUGGAGGCAGGCAGCUGCCCAUGUCCAGACACCGGCAGCCAGGAGCAGCAAGUGUACAAGCCGCUGGAGUCUCUGGCGAGGCACAGCCUGAGUGUGAAGGUAGAUGACAGCAUUUAUGUUGUGGACAAAGACGUUCUCACUCAGAACUGUGAGUAUUUCAGAGCGCUUUUCCAGUCAGGAAUGAAAGAAUGUCAGCAGGAGGAAAUCCAUCUGAAGUGUCUGGGGGCUGUGGGCUUUUUUGUGAUGCUCCGUAUUCUGAACGGUGAGUGGCCGAUGCUGAGUAGUAAUGAGAUUGUUGAAGCCAUUGAGUGCACUGCUUUUCUCCAGGUCAAUGCUCUCACAAAGUACCUGAUCAAUAUCACCAACUCUGAAAACUGUUUGCUGAUGUAUAGCACAGCUGCCAGCUAUGGUGUCUGGGAGCUUUUCCACAGCUCGGCGUUGUUCAUAAGGGACAUAUACUCUGAUCUGGAGGAAGAUGUUCACACUCUACCCAGAGAGUUGGUGGACUACAUUAAGUCUCUUAUUCCAAGCUCUUACAUGGUGGUAUGUAGCCAUUCACCGGCAAUUAAGCUGCUUCAGGAUUUUCAGAGGACAGUCUGCUAUUUGGAUGAAGGAGAUAAAGAAUGGAAAGUCCUGACUCAUCUACCCAAAAAUACUAGCACCACCAUGGCUGGUGUAGCUGUUCUUGACAACAAACUUUACAUCAUUGGAGGAGUGCAUGAUGUGAGCAAAAAGGUAGUAGAUGCCGGCUUCUGCUACAACCCUGAAACUGAUACCUGGUGCACCAUCCCCAGUCCAAAUCAACUGCGCUACAAUUUCACUCUCAUUGGUCAUGAAGACUGCUUGUAUGCCAUAGGCGGGGAGUAUGACAGAAAAGCCAUGUCAUCUGUGGAGAGGUACAGAGUAUCAAAUGGAACCUGGAGUUUUGCCUCUAAUCUCCCAUGUCCUGCAGCCUCUUUGGCUAAUGCUAAAACCAUGAGCAGAAUCUUUAUUUGUCUCUGGAUGGCCAAGGGUGCAACAAAUAUCCAUGAAUACGUGCCUGAAAAAGACCAGUGGGUUCUGGUCACCACACUGAUCCGUGAGCAGAGCUAUGCCCUCUGUAUGGUGGCUCACAAAGAAAACUUGUAUGUGAUGCGCAAUGGACCUUGUGAUGACUUUUUGCUGUGUGUGAUGGACUGCUACAACCUGAGCUCCGGACAGUGGACAGCCAUGCCAGGUCAGUAUGGAAACAGUAAAGGCUCUCUUCUCACUGCUGUAGUGAGAGGGGACUCUGUGUUCACACUCAGCCGAUUGGUAACCACAGAAUACACCAUACGGGAUUACAAGUGGAAAACCAAGAAGAAGAUGGAGGGUUUCGGAAGGAUUGGAUCUAUGUACACGUUUCUGAUGAGGCUACCGAAGCCUACAGUCUCACGUAUGGGAGAUGCAGAAGCUCUUACUCAUACCCCAAACUAUGGGGGCCUUUUUGACAGUGCACAGUCUUCAAUGCAGUGCUUUGAAAAAUUGUAA